GACAAUUUGUGUUGAUCAUAGAGCCUGGAACUGAUCGUUAGCUUUAUACAACGCUGAACGUCGCACGGAUACACGAAAAUAUAACUUUUGGAGCAUUAUAAUUUGGAGAUAUGGCUGGGCUGUUCAAUGGAAUUGUGGGUAGUCUAAUCGGAGCUGGUAUCCAAGCUACAAUCGGAGGAAUCCCAAUUUCAAGAGAUGCGUCAAGGGCUGUAGAUUUUUUGCGUGAUCGUGGAAUUCCUGUACCACCUGCGAAUUGGUUUUCGCAAGCUGUCACGAAAGAAGAAAAAUCGCAAGAGAUCUAUGAUAAUAUCGAACGACAUAUCAAUGGUGCAAUGCCACUUGUACGAAGAUGUGCAACACUUGCUAAUAUGUUGGAAACUGUUGCCAGCGUCACUCAUCAACGAAAUCAACGCGUCCCUGUUCCUGGAGUUUGGGCUCCUCGAGCGAAGCAUGUACCAUUUCCAACGGCGAAGCAGAUGAAUGGAGAAGACUGCCGUUACGAUUCUUUUGACAACCCCAUAAUCACCGUAACGAUGGAAGAGAAGAUUCCUUUGUCAACGAAACAGAAUAUUGCGACUAGAAAAACUGUAAAAACUGGAAAAGAGAACGUUUAUCCGAAAGCAGCGGUGAGUCGCGGUAACUCCUCAGGCAAGGACAAAAUGUCAGAAAAAUUUAAAAGAAAUCAGAUUUACUUGCAACAACAGUUAGAUAGAAAACAUAAAUUGUCGUUGAAUGCGAGAACAUCAGAGGAUUCAACGGUAGAAUCAUCGAUGGUCGUUAAAAAAUAUCCAGGUUACAGAGGUCAAGCAAAGCUUACCGAAUUCGAAAAAAAAACUGACAAAGCGGUAAUUCAGAGGUGCGAAAUUUGUCAAACUCGCAUUAGGAGAGUAAACAAAUUGGGAUCAAUAUACUGUGAUCAUAAUCUCUGCAAUAGAUGUUUGACCUGUGAAAGACCUCUGAAAUGUCUGGUGUGUGGUGUAGAAAUUGAGUUAGAUGAUUGAUGAAUAUAUUUGUGACUGCUACAAUUAUCAAUUAUAACAUUAUUAUUUAUUUACUGUUAGAAUUUUAUGAUAUUGAACUCCAAGUAAUCAUUUACAAUCAAAACGCUGCAUGUAAUUAUUGUAAUGACAUGACUUCUAUUGUUUGGCAAACGGGUGUAUGUUAUUGUACGACAAUACUAUUUUCAAAAGAUUUGGUAAUCUUUUUUCAAAAUAGUGGAGGUAUCGUUCAGCUUCAAUAGGCUGCCGAAAGGGCUUGUAUUCGGAAUAUACGUGAUGAUAUUAGUUAUCAAUGAUCGGUAUAAUCAUAGACUUAGUUUUGAAAUAGUACAACGUUUUGAUAACAAUUCGAAAUUUAAAUAUAUUGAUUUACGAACACCGGUUA